AUGGUCAGGGCGUUGAAACACCAUGAGCAGAAGUUGCUAAAGAAAGUUGACUUUCUUGACUGGAAGCAGGACCAGGGUCAUAGAGAUACCCAGGUGAUGAGAACGUACCAUAUUCAGAACAGAGAAGACUAUCAUAAAUACAACAAGAUGUGUGGUGAAAUCCGAAAAUUGGCGCAUAAGUUGUCGCUAUUACAACCAACCGAUCCGUUCAGAAUAAAGCAUGAACAGUUAUUGUUGGAAAAAUUGUACAAUAUGGGAGUGUUGGCUACCAAGUCCAAGAUUUCAGAUUUAGAGAAUAAGGUCACAGUCAGUGCCUUUUGUCGAAGAAGAAUCGGUGUAGUCAUGUGUCGUCUCAAAAUGGCGGAGACCAUGAGUGAUGCCGUGACUUUUGUAGAACAAGGCCAUGUCAGAGUUGGUCCUAAUGUGAUCACAGACCCAGCAUACUUGGUGACGAGAAACUUGGAGGAUUACUUGACAUGGGUGGACACUUCCAAGAUCAAGAGAAACUUACUCAAGUACAAAAACAAGAUCGACGACUACGACUUGGCUUAG